AUGUACGUGGGUGCCUGGCAGGAGUACAAGCUUAUGAAGGUCAUUGAGAACCUUCGAGUGGAGAACGAGCGGCUACGGCAAGACGCUCCUGGCUCCGCAGGUGAUGUGGCCUCGGAGAAUUCACGGCGGUUUUUGUACGCCGUCCAAGGCAGUAGUCAUCACUUCCCUGUUGGCCUGGACGAUGUGCCGGCGGGCGGAGGGGCGUUGCCUGACUUUGUUUCUUCCACCUCUAAGGAAAACACGAAUUCUACACCAACGCCGGUGCGGCGCAGGGGCUGUCAGAAUUCAAAAGCGGCGACUCUUCGCCUCAUUGGGACGGUGCGUGAUGUCGAUGUGUUUGUGGAGGAAGAGGCGAACGCUGGGGUGGCACCCCUGAGUAGUUCUGUCAGUGUUAUAUCCAGAAGCUGCAGCGAGGGGAUGGAGAAUAAAAAAUCCCUCUCGUUCUCAAGAAAUAAAUCAUGCGAACAUGAAAAUCAGGUACGACUUUGCUUUAUGAACAACCCGGCCUCCUCUGGGACCAAUCCUGCCACCACUGUGCACGCGGAACUGGGCACGGGCAGGAUUCGUGGGGUUCCGCAGCGGCGGGCCACACCCCUCACGGAUACGGAUGGCGGUAGCAAUGUGUUGCCAUCCCUCAUGGAAUCGUCGAGGGUCCGAGACAACCCCUUCUUGAAGGAGUUGUUGCGGGGAGGGCCGUUAGAUACCAAGACGAAGUAUCAGCAGGCAGGCCAGCCAUUACCGGAAAGUCAAGCGCCAAAGAAGAACAAAAAAGGACCUGGACUUAGCGAAGAGGAAGUGCAAAAACGCAUCGAGCGACGACUUCGUCUACAGAUGUUGUAUUCUGGCAAAUUAUCCGGUAAUGAAACUGCCCUUUCCGCCAUGAAGAAUUUUCAGGUGAAUCAUCAUUCCAAUCAGGUGCCACCCGCGCCAUCAGAAGAAAAUUCACAACGAGUAAACGGUGUUGUGUCAGGCACUGGAAAGCCCUUCCCAAGCGUUCCGUGGGACUUUUCCCCUUCUGUGCCUCCCAACACGUCUGCAGCGGGUGCAACCACGCUAGUGGAGAAUUUUAGGGAUACGUCCGCAGCAAUUAAACAGGGAUUUUGUGCGUCAUGGCACGCUUCUCCAGCUUCUUUACAUUGUUCUUCGAGGCAUCCAUAUGAUGUGGGCGUUGCGUUAUCAUCGCCACCUUCGUGUAAUUCUCUCCCUAGGCAGAACGCAUUAUCCCCUCUGUCUCGUUCUGGCACUAGAAACCCAUCAGCGGUAGGCGAUAGACAUGAUAACGGCUUCAUCGGUAAUAAGACAGGUACGAACUUCUGUGGCGAUGGUCCGCAUCCUGGUAUGAGUAGUGGUCAUGAACAACAUGCCGAAGCGGAAAUGCAGAAGGGUUUAUCAACAGAGGCAUUUCACCAAUUUGAGUGCCCCGUUUUUGCGGGCAAUUCAUAUACUCUUCCAGCUUUGGGGGCAGGUGAUAGACCAUCUUCGGAAGCAGGACCCAAGGAAGAUGAUUCGAUAGGCAUGUUGAUUAACUGGGCUGAACAGUUGGAUCCUGACAGUAUUGUCUGA